UCCUUCUUCGCUUCAUCUCUCUGAGCAAUCAUGUCUGGUCGCGGCAAGGGCGGUAAGGGUCUUGGCAAAGGCGGCGCCAAGCGCCACCGCAAGGUGCUGCGCGAUAACAUCCAGGGCAUCACCAAGCCGGCCAUCCGGCGCCUGGCCCGCCGCGGCGGAGUCAAGCGCAUCUCGGGGCUGAUCUACGAGGAGACUCGCGGCGUGCUGAAGGUGUUCCUGGAGAACGUGAUCCGCGACGCCGUCACCUACACGGAGCACGCCAAGCGCAAGACCGUCACCGCCAUGGACGUGGUCUACGCGCUCAAGCGCCAGGGCCGCACCCUCUACGGCUUUGGCGGCUAAGCCGGGCCGCUAUCGCCUCCCACUCCUCAUCACCCACAAAGGCCCUUCUCAGGGCCGCC